ACAACUCCGAGCACCAUUUGAUGGAAAGCACAAACUCAGACUCCGAUCAUAAAUAUGACAUUCAACAAUCUGCAGUUUCUGACUCUGAGAGCGGUAUUUUUGGCUCCAAUUAUCAAGAGAACACACAAUCAGAUGAUUUGAUAAGGAUUGAUGAAGGUGAUAAGAUGCAUCAGAUUGUCAAUAGAAAGUAUAUUUCAGGCUUGGGUAUACUCGGAUUAUCUACACAAAUUGAGGCCAUUCACAAGAAUGCUUAUUCUAGCUUCACAAUGCAAACUAAGCUUCAGUCAUUCCUUAUAUUUUCCAAAGCAAUGGAGAAAAAAUGUGGGGGGAAUGCUAAUGUGAAGUAUGUUGGUUAGGAGCCUCCAAGGAUGAUAUUGACAACAUAUUUUCUCAUGGUUUUGGGAAUUCUAUGAAGAAUGGAGCUUAUGGUCACUGCAUUUGCCUCUCUCCUUAUGAUUAUCCUCUUGAUUGUCUUCAAACAGCUAUUCCUAAUAAGGAUGGGCUAAGGCAUCUAUUGCUUAGUCGUGUGAUACUAGGAAGAUCAGAAGUUGUUCAUCCUGGUUUAGGACAAUCUCAUCCAACUUCUGAGCAGUUUGACACAAGGGUUGACAAUUUACAUUCUCCAAGAAAAUAUAUUGUGUGGAGUAGCAACAUGAAUGCUUAUAUUUUCCCCGACUUUAUGAUCAGUUUCAGAAUAAUUUCGAAGAUCAAAGAGAGUAGAAUGUUUUCAGUUCCUUUAAAAAGUCCAAGUUCAGCGUGGAUUUCUUUUCAUGCUUUGAUAUCUGCACUAUCAAAAACUUUGUCGCCUAACAACGUCAAACUGAUUAAGAAAUAUCAUAGUGAUUAUAAGCAAAAUAAAGGAACAACUGCAGACUCACGCAGCAGCAACUCUAUCAACCUUCAACAAUGGGAUAAUGAAACCUAUCCUUUGCCUCAACAGGAGUCAGAUUAA